GCUACUUUUGACGUUAGUUGAGUAAAGUUUUUACCGUUUUUUUUUUUUGUUUGUUCCAAAUAAUAAUUGUAUUUUACAAUUAAACAAUGUUAUAUAAAUAUAAAAAUUAAUAAUAAUAUAUUACGUAAAUAAUAAUUCAAGUAAAGUAUGUAAAUAAAAUAAUAUAUAAUAUUUAUAAAAGAAAGAAUGAAAGAUUAAAAAAAAAAAAAAAAAAAAAGGUAUCUAAAUGUCUUGUAUUCAACCAAUCAGAAUACUGUUAACGUUAAAGGUAAAUUAUACGCGGGGCACGAGGAUCAGCUAUUGGCCAGUUUAUGAGAACGAUGAUGGCACCGUGAUGGUAGAACAUGGCUGCGACGCAAGCCGAGAGCCAACAAAACGAUGUAAAGCACAAUGAUACAGUUAAAUGUAAUCAAAAACGUUUACAAUUAAGUGGUAAUAGUUCAAGUGUUAAUAUUAAAAAUAAAAUUGAACAAGAACCGGUUGAUAAAGUUAACCGGGGCGCGGCCCAGCUGCUCAAGUAUGUGAAUCGCGGUGACGGUGACUCUGGUUUCGAGAUGAGUCAAUAUCGUGAAGAAAUUGGUGGACAUACCCCAAGUGAGGUAAAAUCACCUCGUGAAUUAAUACAACAACAACAGCAACAACAUCAACAGCAACAACAACAAAAUAAUCAAGAUACAAAUAGUGGUAAAAGUGAUACACAUGAACAAACAAAUCAUCCUGGUCAUCCUGUACAUCCUGGACAUAAUACUUAUGUUGGUAGUGGUGGUGGUGGUGGUGGUAGUGGUAAUAUUAGUGGUAGUGGUAGUGGACAAAAUAUACAAAGAGACUAUCAGGAUGAUUAUGCUGGUAAACCAAACGAAUUUACAAAUAAACAACAAAUAUCGGAUUAUCCAGGCAAUAAGCAAGGUACCGAUUAUGGACCAGGUAAACCACCUGAAUUUCAUAAUAAACAACAACAACAACAACAAUUAGAUUAUCAUAAUAAAUCAUCAUUAAAUGAACCAAGUGAAAGGAUACAACAACAACAACAACAACAUCAUCAUCCAGAUAAUAUGGACGAUCAUUAUUCAGUGUCAAAAAUUGAACCAAGACUUGGUCAUAUUGGUUCAGGACCUGGUGGUUUUCCAGGACAACCAAGAUUUCUCUCCGGACAGAGUAUAUCACAAGCAACUGGACCAACACCAACACUUAAUCAAUUAUUACAGGCAACAAGUUCAACACAUCGGUUUCAUGCUAAUUAUCCUAGUAUUGGACCAGAAUCUUAUCAACAACCAUGGCCAAUGCAAAGACCGCCAGUUGUACCACCAGUUUAUCCACAACCAAGUCAAAGACCACCACAAACGGGUUCACCAAGGUUACAUCCUGGACCAGGUGGACCAAGCUCACCAACACCAAUGCCCUAUCAACCAUAUACGUCGAGAUAUCCAUCACCAGCUCGACCUCAUUCACCCUAUGGACAUCAUCAGUUAAAUUCAUAUGGAGCACAAAGUGGUCAUCCUCCAAGUUUAUAUCCAGAACAAAGGGGUUGGAAUCAAGGUGGUCCACCAAAUGCACCACCACCACCUCCAACUCAGGCAAAUUCAUCAAGUCAAUCACCUCAGCGUGCAUUAUCACAAUCUCCUGCACCACCUCCAUCAGCAUCUCCUCAACCACAAUCUGUUGGACAACAACAACAACAGCAACAGCAGCAACAACAACAGCAGCAACAACAACAACAGCAACAACAACAGAGUUAUCACAACAUGCAACGAUCUACGACUCCAAAUACUCAAGGAAUCGAUACUGGGGAAUUAUCUGGUCAAAAUAGUAAUGACAGUUCAAAUGGACCAGCUGGUCCAGGUACACCAAAUUCUCAGGGUAUGAGACCAACACCAUCACCAACUGGUUCAACUGGUUCACGUUCAAUGUCACCAGCAGUUGGACAACAAAACGUACAGAUGCCACCACGUCCAUCAAGUAGCCAAUCAGAUAGUAGUGGUGGUCCAACAACAGUUGCACAACGUAUGAGUCAUUCACCAAUGGCAACACAAGGUGGUUAUCAACAAUCAAUGGGUCCAUCACCACAUAUGCAUGGUUAUAAAAUAAAUAGUAAUACACCAGGUGUUGUACAAACAAGUGGUGGACAAGUUACAAGUGGUAUUGGUAAUAUGGUUGGACCAAUGUCAAGUGGUGGUGGUAUGGGUUAUCCAAGUAAUACUGUUAAUAGUUCUGUUGGACAAACAGUUGUUAGUGGUUAUCCAAAUCAAAAUCCAAGUGGUUAUCCACCACCACCAAGACCACAUAUGCAAUUUCCACAAGGUUAUCCACCACCACCAAAUAAUUCACAACAACCACCACCAAAUAAUCAGUAUCAACCAAGUAGACCAAACAAUAUGGUACAAUAUCCACCUUAUUCACAUAAAAUGGGUUUUAAUAGUGUACCAAGUGGUAUGCCACCAAGUCCAGGACCACCACCACCAUUACCACCAUCAUCAUCAUCCUCAUCAUCAUCUUCAUCAUC